AUUUUUAUUUUUAUUUUUUGGGAAUGUAUGAACACAAUGUUAAGGUACUAUGGUAUUAUUUUAUUAUUGAAACAAAAACUUAGAAAACUCUAGCAAGCAAUAGCUUGACUUUAUUUUAAAAUCAAAAAACUUUGGAAUGUAAGGUUGACCACGAAUUCAAUACAAAAAAUACAAAUGAUAAACCUUCUAAACCAAGCAUAAGAAAGAGUAAGAAUAUACAUACAAGCACAACAAAAUCAUUAGAAAUAUAUAAAGAGAAUCAAGUUGCCUUCAUUUUGAGGAAAUGCACUAUACUAAUCCCAACCCACAAGUCUUUUCAUAGUAUAUCUUAUUGUUCUUUUAAGCUUAUCUAUGCAACGUAUGUUUGCGUCAAAUUCUUGCAUUAAUUUCGUUUAUUGCAACUCAUAUUCAAACUAACAUUACAAGAAAAGAGGGAGCUCAAGAAAAAAGGAAGAUCAAAUUUGAAGAUAUGGGUCAAUCGCUGUUGAAACUAACUCCUGGAAAUGAGGUGACAAAGUCCAAGUUGGAUGAAAUAGCAGGAAAAUGUUACGAGGACUUCUCAAACAUGUUAAACAAUAAGGACUUGACGGAACCCGAACUAUUUUGUGAGUUCUACAGAGCAGUUUGUGAAACAGUAGAAGAGAUCAAUAGCAGUGUUGGCAACACCCAAUUUCGAUUACCAAAGGAAGAAGUUCUUAGGAAAGCAUUUGAAACACACCACAAAGGCAAAGAAAGAUUGUCCGAACAAGAGUUCCAAAAGAUUCUUCAAGAUGCAAUAAUGGAAACAGGAUUUACGGGCAUUGGAGCAAAGGAUGUUAUACUUUACAUCUUUGGAGUUCCUGCAACUACAUUUCUCAUCAAAAAAGGAGUUUUUCCUAGAGCAAUUCCUGACGGUUUUUUCAUCCCUGCUGUUACCUCUGCCACUGUAUUUGCUCUUUCCAAAUUUAACAAGAUAUGAUAUAAUCAUCGAGUAAUCAUGUACUCCGUAGUAAAUGAUGUAACGCGUGUUUGAUUAUACAAAUGUUUUCUAGAAAUUUGUUGUAACAUGAGGCUCAUAAUGUACAUUGUUUUGGGUGUAAUGAAAUAUCACAAGCAAACCUAUGCAAUAUACAUGCAUACAUGCCUUAAUAAAUAUGUCA